AAAAGUCCAAAGAUCUUUUUGGAAGAUGUACAAAGAAACACAGAAAAUGAAGGAAAUUACCCUUGUCUACCUUGACAGAAGUGGUGGACUUGAGAAAUUUGUGCAGGACUGCAGAAAAUACAACGACUCAAAACAGAGCUAUGCUGUAUAUCGGUUCGUUAUCUCAGUAAACCCUUCUGAUGUUGCUGAAUUGGACGCCACUCUUGGAAACUACGUUCUUCAUAAGCCCAUGAAAGCUGCGGGGAUAUUUCAGUCAGUAUGUUUUGUAGCUAUUAAGACACUGUCAUUAAUCGAACAAUUACAGACGGAGGCCCAAAUAAGCAUACUGCUGAAACCAACACAUUUGCCACCGUUACCGAGUUAUGUUCUCAGCCUUUCUGCGUUUCCAUUUAAUUACACAUCUAAGAGAUUUUAUACGUCGGAAGGAAUAGCGAUUGCAAUGGGAACCGUCACAAAAUACACCCAAGGAGCAAGAUUUCUUUGCACUGGGGAAACCUGCCCAUACUCUGAAGGGUUUAAUUACAUAAGGGUGCAUGUGCCCGGAGCUACAGAAUCUGCCACAGUGAGGAAUGACUUUGCGUGCAGUUUGUGUUCUUCACCGCUGCAGGAAGAUAUGAAAUUCAGAGUACUUGGUGGUAGGAACUGCGUAGUUUUAUUUCUAGAUAAACAGAUAGUUGAAAUGAUCGAUGCCAAAGUCCUUCAUGCUUUAAAAGGAUAUUCCGACCAUAAAGCACAUUUCAGGAUUCAGGCUUUUACGGUUUUCUUGAGAGAUGAACUGGCCAAUAGAAUGACAAUAGGAAACCACUACAAGAUUAUUGGAAUUCCAGCUUGUGUACAGAAUGGCCCACAAGCCACAGCAUGCAUAGAAGCCAGUAGCGUGCAGCUCUGUAAAACAAAUGGUCCUUCUUUUAUCGGUGAAAAUUUCAAGUAUCUGCUCUCGCUGACCUCAGGUUCCUGCUGGAGGUUUACAGCCCUGCUUGCCAAUAUCUUUGCUUCUCAAGUUGUUCCACCAGGCACUUACAAUACUCUUAAACUGGCAAUAUUACUGAGUCUAGUACAGACCACAUGUGAAAUAGAAAAUGCAGAUUACCUCGAUCUUCUGGUUGUGACAAGUGACAGUCUAAUAGCUGAUAGGCUUCUGAAUUACAGCCUAUGUCUCCUGCCUCGAGGCAUACGACACCCAGCCUCCAGUGACAUCUUUCCUUCUGUGUCCAAAGAUAAGCACGGAACUGGAAGCGCGAGCAUUCAAGCUUGCAGUGCUCUGCUGGCUCAGGGCGGUAUCUGUUACAUAGGAGACUUAUCUUCAUACAAAAAGGAUAAACUUGAACUCCUACAGUCAGUGCUAGAGAGCAGGACAACGACACUGUUCAUUCCUGGGAAGAAGUACGGAGAAGAGGCUGACCAACAAGUGACCAUUUCAGUGCAGACCAAUUUCUGGUCUUACGUAGACGUGGCUUCUUCCCCAAAGAAACAUAUCGCAAGGGACAGCUUUUUAAUUGGGCAGAUGGACCUGAGUUUGAUUCCACCUAAUCUUUUAGAUGGUUUUGGGCUGUUGAUAUACAAUGAAUUUCCUUCGUGUCAGCUGUCUUUUCCUGUAUUGAAUCAUGUCCUGCAAAACGCCAUUAAUCCUGAAGCCAUGCUAUACAGAGUCUCAGAGCAGUUCAGAACACAGGAUUAUGAAGAGUUCAUUUUGUUCGCUAAGAAUCUUCACGUCCAACUGAGCUCUGAAGCAGAAAACCUCAUUCAGGGCUACUAUCUUGCAAGCCGCAGAGUGAGGAGAGAUUCUGCGCAUGGAUCCAAGUUAUCAGCAUCGGCACUGAAAGUCCUGAUUUCACUGUCCAAAGCUCAUACUAAACUAAGCUUGAGGAAGAAAGUCCUUGAGGAAGAUGCACUGAUUGCCAUCCUGUUGUUUGAAUCAUCUCUUACCCUAAAACAUGGCAAGUCUGCGUUGUGCAUAGAACCAAACGCGGUGUUUCCAUUUGACCUCAGUGAUGAAGACAGCCUGCAACAGAGAGAUAUUUACCUACUGCAGUGCCACCAUCAGCUGCUUCAGUUCAUUGGUGCAUAUGGCCCAGGGACUUACAUUAGCACUAAUGAAGAAUGACAUCUCUAACCUAAGUGAGUCUGAAGCUUCUACUUUAGCUUUCUGGGACUGCAGUUACCGAUAAGUAGAUGAUUAGUUCUUCAUGUUCUAUAAAUGUUAAGAUUGCUAUCACCA